AUGGUUUUUUUAAUGAAACAGCAAUUUAAAGGACUAUGUGUUCCAGUUCUUGAGCACCCGAAACUCCAGGACAUCUUAUUGAUUCCUGUCGUUGGACCCAGGCGAGAUUUAAAAAAACAUGCAUCUGAAGUCAUUGUUGGAGCCCACUGUGGAAAUGCAGUACUUCGAGGAGCACAUGUUUAUGUCCCUGGAAUCGUAUCUGCCUCAGCAACUAUGAAAGCUGGAGAUCUGGUCUCAGUGUAUUCAGAUAUUGAGGGGAAAUGUAAAAGAGGAGCCAAAGAAUUUGAAGGAGUCAAAGUUUUCCUUGGAAAUGGGAUUGCAAAACUGAGUCGCAGUGAAAUCUUUAGUUCAAGUGGCCCACUGAAUGGGAUGGGCAUAAGAAUGAUAGAGCCAGUCUACCUUAGUCCUUCAUUUGACAACGUGCUCCCUAGUCAUUUGUUUUUACAGAACUUGCCUUCUGUGGUUGUGAGCCAUAUUUUAAACCCUCAACCAGGAGACAGAAUUUUGGAUAUGUGUGCUGCACCUGGAGGAAAAACCACCCAUCUUGCAACAUUAAUGCAUGACAAGGGUGAAGUAAUAGCCAUGGACAAGAUAGCUAACAAGGUCAAAAAAAUUAAGCAGAACACUGAAUUGCUACAGUUGAAUUGCAUUAAGGCAUUUUGCUAUGAUGGAACAAAGGCACUUUCAGUUGAGAAGAGAGAGGAUGAACAAGAAGGACCUCCAUUCUUCCCAGAGUCAUUUGAUCGAAUACUUCUUGACGCUCCAUGUAGUGGGAUGGGACAGAGACCAAACAUGUCUUAUUCCUCGACUUUAAAAGAAGUGACCUCUUAUCAGCCACUACAGCGCAAGCUUUUCACUGUGGCAGUGAAAUUGCUGAAGCCUGGAGGUGUUUUAGUUUACAGUACAUGUACAAUUACACUCUCUGAAAAUGAGGAGCAAGUUGCUUGGGCCCUGAAAACUUUUCCAUACCUCCAGCUUCAGCCACAGGAACCUCACAUUGGAGGAGAAGGCAUGAGGGGCGCUGGAUUGUCGCUUGAUCAGUUGAAGCUGCUGCAGAGAUUUGAUCCAUCUGCUGUGACGCUGCAAGGCAUGGAUGUUAAUUCUUUGCAAGAUUCCAGGGAAGAUGAUCUGAUUUCACUGGCAAAUAAGGACUGUAUAGGAUUUUUUAUUGCAAAAUUUGUUAAAUCAAAAAGUCAAUAAGCAUUUAGGAGUGCAACCUGAAAAAAUACCUUUGUGAGUCUAAGCACAGUUGAGACGUGAAGUGUGUUUCUUGCUGCUGUGGUGUUGCCAAGCCAACGGGCUGACGGCAGGGUUGCUAUGGCAGCGAUAAAAUCUGCCAGCUGUUCUGCUGGGAAAGAGCC